UUGCUUUAUGUUAUUUUAGAUUAUAGGCCUGCUGAGCAAUUUUCUCAUUUAGUAUUUUAAAGAAAAUACACGAAUGUCAGGUGAAAUGACCGGCAGGAAGUUCAGGGCCAUAGUGGGUCUCAUGAAAGUCCCAGAGCGCGAGCUUAUGGGCGAUAUUUUGUUGUGCGAGAGCGCUGAACCUUCACUUCCCGUUCACGUGAAUAUUGGUAAAUUUGUCCGUUUGGACGACGGCCAGUACCUCGAUACGGAGGACCGAGAUAAAGCUGUUAAGAGACGACAGCUUGCAAACGCAAAGGAGCGACUGCGGGUGAGGAGCCUGAACAGCAUGUUCUCGUACCUUCGCCGUAUUGUGCCAGUGAUGCCGCAAGAUCGAAAGCCCAGUAAAGUGGACAUGCUGAAGGCUGCAACAGAGUACAUCCGGCUCCUCUCAGCGGUCCUCAAUCACACCUCUGCCACUGGAAAUGGGAAUGCAAAUGUUUUUCUGGACACUGGAAUCAACUACUCAAGCAUGGAGAGUGAGUGUUCUGAUCUCUGGAGCAUGGAGGAUGCCCUGGAGUUGAAUCCCUUUCUAUCUGAGGGCGUGAGCUUGGCUGCCCCACUGGUCACCAUGGCAACAGGAGCGGAUGAUGACAUUGAUCUCAACAACAUGACCGUACAGUGUGUCGUACCAAUGUACAUUGUUCAGGUCGGCUCAGAACAAUCGGUGGUAACGAGUACACUCUCGUCUUAGUGCCUUC